AUGACAAAUAAGGAGAAAGUAUUAACAAUAAGGACACUCAGACUAUAUAAGAAGAAAGAAUUGGAUGUCGUUAUAGAACACGAUAAACCAUCAACAAACAUAAUGCAUAUCCAAUAUCUGUUUGUCAUUUUCCUGAUAACUCUGGAUGUUAUUUUAUCUCAAGCCGCAACAGGUCCUUCUGAAGAUGAAGUAGUAGAAAAAUUUGAAGAAAUUAAAGCAACAAAAGAAUUUCAAAAAGCUAAAGAAAAAGUUAUAGAAUCAUUAUCAGAUAGAAUUGAUAAAUAUGUUCUGGACCACUUUCGUAAAAAUCAAUAA